AUGACCACAACAGCCACAGCAACAACAACCCCAACAUCUCCCACGGCUGCAUCAGCUAGAUCUGCAGCAGCAGCAGCAACAACAACCGUUUCUGUCGACGUUGCCGAUUUAAUACGAAUUCUACAAGUUCAAUUGCCUCAACUGCACAACGAAUCAGAGCAUAAAGUCCAAAUGGAGGAUACCAAAGAGCAGUACCGACUGUUAUGCAAAGAAACAGAUGGCCUGCGCAAGAAAUUGCUGGCUGUUGUGCAAGACAAUAACAAUUAUCGAAAGACGCAAGAGCGCAUGGAAUCGCAAAUUUAUGCACAACAGCAGGAGAUUGCACAGGCACACAAAGAAACACAAGUGCUGACUCGGCAGCGAAAACAUCUUGAGAAACGCCUGGAGAAUGAAUUGCAUAACUACGAGAGCGAUCGGUUACUGUGGCAACAGCGGGAAGCGGACCUUCGCAGCGAGGUCAAGCGGUGGUCGGUCCAGGACCGAGCUGGACAACAUCCUCGGCGUACCCGCAGCGCCACAGCAUCUAAUAUCUGGGCGCGCACCAGCACUAGCUUGCCCGAGCCACAGUCCUGGGGAACGCGUGGUGGUAGUAUGGGUACUCUUUUUGAAGAGCGAACGAAACCAAUCGACAGUGUAGCCGUCAGAGACACAAAGAUCCGAGCGCAAGAGAAACUGGUCUCGGACUAUAAGAGUGAAGUGGAGCAGCAAGAGCGGGUGAUCCACGAAGCUAUGUUGGCAGCAGAAGCACAGACACAGCGGAUAGACACAUUGGAGAAAGAACUGACAAGCUUGAAAGAAGUAAAUGCGUCGCUCAUGGAAGACAAUGAAAGCUAUCAAAUUCUGCUGCACGAGAAGACGAUGGCUGGCGAGUUUCCAAAGAAGUCAGACUUGGCAUCCACCACACCAUCCAUAGCGGCAGAGGCAACAAUACCUACUGCUGCAGAGGCUGCUACGACCACCAAGCCGGAAACGACCAGUCUUGCAGCCGAAUUAAAUAAAGUGCAGGGCGGAGAUUGCGCCUGCCAACAUGCAGCAGCAGUUAAAAAACUUUCGGACGAAAUCCGAGUUUUACAAGAAUCCAACAAGGCGCUGUCACUGUAUAUGAACAAGAUUCUUUUGAAGAUCGUCGAUAACCAAGAGCUUGUGGACGUACUAAACAUUGAUGAGGACGACGAGAUAUCAUCAUCACCGGAUCAUCCAGCGACAGCAGCAGCGGCGGCAGCAGCAGCAGCAGCAGUAGUAGUAGCCGCGCCUAGUGCUAAAAGGGAGAAGACCACUUCUCCUCCUCUAUCAUCGUCGACCGCACCAAUCUCAAUCGAAAAAACAAAUGCUGCUGCUGCUGAUAAUAAUAAUAAUAAUAAUAAUAACAGCAAUCGACCACGACGUAGUACAAUUUCUUCCUGGAUCUCUGCACCAAAACAACCUGUCACCGGGGAGCCUACCACUACGGUGGGACGCCAUCGAAGCCAUACGAACAAUGAUGGGACAGGCGGUGGCAGCGGCACACCUAACAACAACGGUUCCAGUGGUGGCUGGUCACGCGCAUUAAAACGAAUGACCGUGAUAGGCUGGUCGAGCAAGGAAAGCUCGUCGAACAAUAGCAAUACUCACAAUAGCUACAGCAGCACAAGCACCAUUACUCCAGCCAGUCAUGACUCGGCGAUAUCAUCGUGUGAUAGUGUCAUUCUAGAGGAGUAG